AUUCUAAGGACAUAUGAAAAGAAGAAUCAAGAUGAGACAUAUAAUGAACAAUUGGUAUUACAUAGUCCUGAUACGGCCAUUCAUAUCAUUGAAAAACAACUGAAAGCUUCACAUCGAUUACCUAAUAAAUCUCAACAGCAAUUUACAAAAAUUAGAAAAAAUUCUAUUUUAUCAGAAUUAUCAAAAGGCGGUUCUAAUAUCCCUUCGACAUCUAUUUUGAGAUCAAAAGACUUUUCUAAUAGUUCUUUAUCUAGCAAAUCAAGGAUCACAGAUUUUCCAUCAUCAUCUCAGCUUACUGAAACGAUGAGUAUUAAGCGAAAGAAAUCAGAUGAAUUAGGAUCCAAUGAAUUAUCAACAAAACGUGUUAAACUUAAUGUAAACAUCCAAUCUGUUCUUGAGAAAGUGCUUGACGAACAGCUAAAGCAACGCAUAGCAAUUGAUAAUUUACAAAAAAGUAAUGAAGAAUUAAAACAAGAGAUCUCUGAGAAUCACAAACUUCUACAAAACACUUCAAUGACGAAGGCAUGUCAUCAACUGUUCCAAGUAAAUAAGAACCCAUCAGAUACAGAAGUUGAACAAGCUUUCAGGUCACAAAUUCAAGCGGAUCUUUCUCAAAUGAAUGGAACAAUCUGUGGAAGGCGGUACAUUCAAUUUAUCUUAAACUUAUUCUCUUAUAAGCUUAACCAGUUUGCUAGUCCUAAAGAGGUUAUACAAUGGAAAAGGUCAGAAAGAGUUAAAAGGGCAAGAAGUAACAUCUGGAAGAAAAUAGACGAUAAAGAUCCAAAUUCAUCAUGUACCAUUGAAGCCAUUUUACAAAGAGCAUUUACUAAAGAAGAACUGCAAAAUAAAAAUAAUAUUAAAUUUGGCAUCACAGUAGCAUUAAUGCUUUUAGAUCUGACAUACGAUCAAGUUGAGAUUUUAUCUUCAAAGGUACAGGAACGCAUGGACCAAUGGGAUUCUAAUCCUAUUAUACAAAGUUGGCUUGAAAACAACACAAUAGAUGAUAAUAAUGAACCAUCCUUACAUUUCGAUAGUGAAUUUGCAUAUUUUAAUGAUCAAGAAAGUGAUUCAGACAAUGACGUAGAAAAUGAAGUUUAUAAUAAUGAAGAUAAAAAAGCAAAUAAGAUUAUUGAUGCAGAGAAUACUGAUAGUGAGAACA